AUGGCGUUGUCGAAACAGCGACCUCCCUACGCGGAAUACAAGGGUAUACUGUUCACAAGUAUAGUUCCAAGGGAAAGCCUGGAAGCCAUGAAGACUUUUGAGAUACGUGACGGUGAUGUGGUGAUUGUAAGCUACCCCAAAAGCGGUUUCAAUUGGAUGUACGAAAUUGUGCACAAGAUUCUUGGUGGGAAGAAAGAAAACUCAUCGCCGAUAGGACCUGAGUUUUGGCCUCCAGGACAAGAAGAACCCUACUACAUCCAGCUGCGGAACAUCCCAGCUCCUCGGCUGAUGGGUUCCCAUCUACAAAUCCAAAUGGCUCCUCCAGGCUUGGCGGAUCCAAAAACCAAGGUGAAAGUCAUUGUCGUCAUGCGGAACCCUAAGGAUGUUUGUGUGUCCUACUACUACUACCGGCAGAAAAAUCCGAUUUUAAAGCCUCCAGAAUCUUGGGAACAGCACUAUAGGGACUUUCUGGAAGGGAAAGUACCCUUUGGUGACUACUUUGACCACGUGCUGGGCUGGUGGCAAAUGGAGAAAGACCCUCACUUCCUUUUUGUCAAGUACGAAGAUAUGAACAAGGAUUUUUGCUCGGCGGUGAAGACUCUAGCAGCCUUCUUGGAGAAAGAACUGACUGAAGAAGAGCUGGCCCGUGUGCUGACCAGUUGCAGUUUGGAGUCAAUGCGAAAGACGUUGGCAGAAUCUGAAACGUGGAGAAAGGACGUUGUCAGGAAAGGUAUCGUUGGAGACUGGAAGAACCACUUCUCGGCCGAGGAGAGUGAAAAGUUUGACGAAAAGUACCGCAAACGGAUGGAAGGUUCAGGGCUGGAGUUUGAGUUCGAGUAG